AUGUCUGUGACGGGCGUCUUUAGCAAAGGCCGCGGCAUCGGUCAUGAGGCAGCCACCUCCAUCCUGCGCUACAUCCCACGCGCCCGUGUGCCGUGGCAGCCGAGCCGCUUUGGCCGCGAGAACCUCACGGCAGACGAUCUUGCGGUCCUAUGGAGCCGCGGCCGCUACCGGCAUGGCCCAGGCAACUACAACAGCGGCUACUACACAGAGAAGACGCACGUGUUGGAGGACAAUACGGUAACGAUGAUUCCAAAGCAUGAGCUGGAAAGGUACAUGCCGGACAUCAGCAUCGGUCCCAAGGCCCUUGUGACGCCGGUCUCGCUGAUGAGUGCCCGAAAUGGUCACCGCGUCACGCAUGACAUGCUGCACUCGUACGAUCCGCACAUUGGUCGCCUCGCUAAACCAGCUGUGGUGGACCACGACAACAUUACCGUCGAGGACCCAAACCGCGUGGGGCUCAACGCCGCAACGCUCGACUGUCGUGGACGCAUUUACCGUUGGUUGCGGCGUGGACCGUUUUUUCAGGAGGAUCACUACUUUCGUCGGUCAGUGAAACUUAAUCGUGACGGCACCGUCCCCGCUGCCACUCACGAGGCUUCGCUGAUGCGCAAGAUUGUGCGUCUCGCCCAACGUGGUCAUCUUAAAGCGGCAUGUGAGGAGUAUCGCCGUGUGACAACAAUCCCACCGGUCGAGGUGUACCGUGCACUAACCGCCUGUUGUGUUCCAGCAGGACUUAUUGCAGACGCCGUGGCUAUUUUUGAGGAUGGUAAUGCAAAGCUCUUCUACGUGGCACGCGAUGGUGAGGUCCUGCAAAAUGUGAUGCGCUGCGCCAUCAAGGCAAAGCACCGUGUGCGUGUGAUGUGGGUCUACAACGUCAUGCGGGGGCGGUACUACGAGAAUGUUGUCGUGCGUGCAGAGCUUGACCCCAUUUGGCGCUACCGGAUUGCCCUGCUUGCGCUGGAGUACCUGCUGGACCACAACUGUGCCGAGGAGGCGAGGGCGGUGUAUAGCUAUCUCGUUGAUGAGAACCUCUUGCAGUGCGACGUGCAUGUGCGUGUCGGUCUUCACAUGCGAGAGGCGCUCGCGAAGGGUAAGAGUGUGGGGUUCAGCGAGGAGGUGAUGCAUGCGACAUCCCUGGUGAAAGACGCCACAGCCGUGGCACCGGAAGUGGCGCGUGAGUUGUACCAGCGGCACCUUGAGGUCCUGCGCAGCAAUGAGAAGAAUAAUAACAGUAAAAUUAGCACGGCAAGACAUGAGGAGGUGCCGGGGUCGGUGUGGUCCACGCAUGGCCCACUCACCGCCAUGGACUCCACGCAGAACGAUGCGCUGUCAUGGAUGCAGCAGAACUAUGGGGAUGUUGACAUUUCUAGCGUUCUGCGAUGGGCCAGAUUUCGUCACUCAAAGGAUUUGAUGGCGAAGGAUCGACCGCAGUACCUGGUGCGUGCCGCGACGUGGAUCGAGCUGCUUAGCAAGCGGAGUCACGCGAUGGAGGAAGCGCCGCUGACGUACAUGCGCAAGUCAAGGCCGUUGUCUCUUAAUACGAAUGCAAAUGUGCGUGUCGCGUGGCAAACCCUCGUGGGACGACCAGACGGACCCCCACGGCUGCUGGCACGCGAAGAGGGUUACACCUUCCACCACGGCGAGCACGUCCGCUUUGUGACGGAGAAAUGCCGUCAUCCGGGGGAGACGCUGCAGUCCCGCUUCCUCGCACUGCAGCCUAUUCACACAGAGGUGUCUGCGAAGGAGGAUUUCCACGCGAUGUACACGCAGCGGCAGCAGACGUAUGCUCUACCCGGCACUGUUGUUACUCCUCCUGCACGCAUCCUGCACCACUCGGUUACGAGGGAGCUGCUUGAUGGUGGUGGUAGUGGUGGUGGCGCUGGCGCUGGCAAACAUCAUCAUCGCAGUACGCCUGCGGCGGAGGUGAGAACUAGCGAGGCAACGAAAGAAGGAACCUUGCACCCUGGCAAGUCGCGUGCGGCUUCCGAAAAACACAGUGCCAAUGGGACAGAAAACAGUGGUGGUGGCAGUGUCACACCGGAGUUCUAG